AUGCCAGACUCUCCAGGGUUUGUUAGAGAACUUGAAAGGUGGAAAAUGUUCUGUUCCGGACUCCAAAACAGAGAUAAAGAUACCGGUAAUCAGUCUUUGGAAACGGCAAUUCAACUUGCAGACCCCAAUUAUUAUCCCAAUGUUCAUGCAGUAUUUAGAGUGCUGCUCACAAUGCCUGUAGGAUCCGUGCCCUGUGAGAGGUCUUUCUCUGCGAUGAGACGAUUAAAACAUUGGAACAGAUCUACGAUGACCGACUCUGGACUGGCUAGUCUCUUCAUACAUAGAGAUAUCACCGUUUGUAGAGAGAAGAUUAUGAGAAAAUUUGAUGAAACCAAAAAACGUCGCAUUGGACCAUUACAUUUCUAA